CGGGGCCUGGUUACCUAGCAACCACUCAAACACUGUCUUGAUAGGAUGGCAAUGCGGAAGAGCUUGACGACUAAAGGUAACAACAAGUUGGUGAUCACCUCAGUUGCCUUUCAAGACCACAUCACACAGAGCCUGCUGCAUCCCAAUUUCUCACUCUCUGACCCUUUGCUGACAUGCAAAAGAAAAGCACCCAGAAAUCUGCAAGCAAGACAAAGAGUGGAGGGAAAGAGUCUGCAAAGACCAGAUGGGCAAGAAGACAGAGAAUAUGUGCUUGAUCCUGCUCCACCUCCUCUAACAUUAGCACAGAAGAUGGGUUUGGUGGCGUCUCCAGCAGGGAGACUGACAGAGGAUGAAUGGACUCAGGUGAAGGCGAGGUCUGUUCAGGAGGGGGAAUCAGCGCAGCCCUGUGCAAUAUGCAGGGAGGAGUUUUGCCUGCAGCCUCAGGUGUUGCUGUCUUGCUCUCAUGUGUUUCACAGAGCAUGUCUGCAAGCCUUUGAAAGGUUUUCUGGGAGGAAGUGCUGCCCAAUAUGCAGGAGGGAACAGUAUGAAACACGGGUGAUCUACGACGCAGCGCGCCUUUUCAGACACCGGUGUGCCACCAGAAUUCAAGCUUGCUGGCGAGGCUAUGUUACUAGAAAGUGGUACAGAAAUAUGAGGAAAACCAUCUGCCCAAAAGACAAACGGCUGCGACAAAAAUUCUUCGAAGCAAAGUUGCAGGAGUUGAAUGACAGCUUUGUCCGAUACUGUCACACCGACACGGAGGCUUUUCUGAGUGAUAUCGACCGCUCCCUGUCAUCAAGCAGGCGAGUGUUCCAGCAGCUGGAGAGAAAGCAUGUCCCCGAACCUCAGGAGAACGACUGGGACCGAAUACAGAGCCAGGUUAUCCACAGAGGUGUGUGGGACUGCCCCAUCUGCCUGACCGCACUUUACAGUCCUAGCCUCAGAAUAGAAGCUGGUGGAUCCAACCAACAACAAUGUAGACGCACUGUGCUUCUGUCCUGUUCUCACCUCUUCCACCAGCACUGUUUAGAGGCGUUCGAGGCCUUUACUGCAGACAGCAGACCAACCUGCCCCCUGUGCAGAUCAGUCUACCACAAAAAACUCAUCUAAACCAGGUAGAGAUGGCAUAUUGGAUCAUCCCACAUAGUAAUAUUUGUAGGCUAGGGUACACUUCAUUGUAUGCAAAGAAAGUUCUACGUCUAACAAAGACAAGAUUAAAGGAAAAAAAUGUUGAGCAUU